AUGCCAUACGAAUAUGACCCCGAAUUCUACAAGGCCAUCGAGCCCAUGCUGGCCGCCAUGGCCGCGGCGCCGAAACACCUGCCCUACGACGUCGCCUCGCGGCGCAACGGCAUCGACAGCAUGUGGGAGGGACUGAUGCAGAGGUGGCCCGUGGUCGAGGACGUCGAGGAGACCGUCUUCAAGGUGCCAUCGUUCGAUGGCGCCGAGAUCAACGUCCACCGCUUCGCGAAGAAAGGCGCCACGUCGUCGUCAUCGACAACCACCACCGGCUCGCCUGCCGUCGUCUACACCCACGGCGGAGGCUUCUUCUGCCUCAGCGUGCCCUUGUACCGUAAGAUGAUCCAGAACUACGUCACCCAGAGCGGCAUCCCGUUCUUCGCCGUCGAGUACCGUUCGCCGCCCGAGUUUCCCUUCCCUACGCCCAUCGAAGACUGCUACGCCGCGCUCAAGUGGGUUCACUCCACUGGCGCCACGGACCUAGGCGUCAACCCCGCCCGGAUAGCCAUCAUGGGUGAUUCGGCGGGCGGAGGACUGGCCGCCGGCGUGGCUAUCAUGGCUCGUGACAGGAACCUCAAUCCCCCGCUGGCGAAGCAAGUGCUCGUCAACGCGAUGCUCGACGACAGGAACAAGGCCCGGUACGAACAGGCCAAGGACUUCCACACCUGGACGCCCGACGAUAACCUCACAGGCUGGGCCGCGUACGUGGGCCGCGAGAAGGCCGGCAAGCCCGACGCCGACGUCUCGCCCUGGGCGGCACCGUCACGGGUCGCGUCCGUGGCAGGCCUGCCGCCGGUGUACAUCGACGUGCCAGAUCUGGACAUUUUCCGAGAUGAGAACAUCAAAUACGCGGCUCGCCAUGCCGAAGCGGGGAUCCCGCUCGAGAUGCACAUAUAUCCCGGUCUGCCGCACAGCUUUGAGUCGUUCGCACCCAAAAUAUCAACGGCGAAGUCGGCGGUGGUGAACAGGGUGAAAUUUAUCCACAAGCUGUAA